GCCCCGGGCAUGGCGGCGGCGGAGCCGGGCAUGAAGCCGUUCGGUGGCGGCGCCGGCGCCGCGCCGGACGCGGAGCGCGGCCGCUUCCCGCACUGCGUGGUGUGGACCCCGAUCCCCGUCCUGACGUGGCUGUUCCCCAUCAUUGGCCACAUGGGCAUCUGCACCUCGGCCGGCGUCAUCCGCGACUUCGCGGGGCCCUACUUCGUGUCCGAAGAUAACAUGGCAUUUGGGAAGCCUGUGAAGUACUGGAAGCUGGAUCCCAGCAAGGUCUGUGCCUCGGGUCCCAACGCCUGGGACACGGCCGUGCACGACGCCUCCGAGGAGUACAAGCACCGCAUGCACAACCUUUGCUGUGACAACUGCCAUUCCCACGUGGCUCUGGCCUUAAACUUGAUGAGAUACGAUAACAGCACCUCCUGGAACAUGGUGAAACUGUGCUUCUUCACACUCCUCUAUGGGAAAUACGUCAGCAUAGGGGGCUUUGUGAAGACCUGGCUGCCCUUUGUGCUCUUCCUGGGGGUGAUUGUGACCGUGGUUCUCACCCUGCACCUGCGGUGAUGGCAGCCCUGACCCCCAGUGCCUGAGCACACAAAGGAAGAAACUGGGACUGCUGCAGCAGGAUGGAGGCCUGGGACUCUGGGAGCCUUUUCUAGGGGAGGUGGCAGCCCCACUCCAUCGUGACAGCUCAUCUUCGUCUCCUGGAGCUGGCUUCUUUUCCUCCUGUUUCUGUUCUGUCGAUGGUCUCUCCCAGUGUCAGGGGCCUGGAAGCUUCUGCCCUCUGCCUUCCUGCAGCUGGGGAGGUGGGAAUGGGAUCAGGAAAGGAGAGGGGUGGGCACCUUUGCUUUCAGUGCCAAGAAAAGCCUCCAGGCGAGCUCUGCCUCCUGCAGCGAUGCACUUGGGAGGGUCUCUCUGCUUUCCUCCUCUUCCCCAGAUCUUCCUCAGGUCCCCUGGCUCUCCAGUUGGGAGCUGCUGUUUUCCCUGUGCACAUCUCUCCAGUAGCACACGCUCCAAGGGAAGUGGGGGGGUCUUCUGGGAGGGUGGGGUGCCCCAGCACUCGGCCACGGCCCCAGGCAGAGGCUGCUGAGCUGGGGCAUCCUGAGGGACGCUCGUGGCAGGGCCGGUCCCCCUGGUCCUGCCGGGGAGCCUGGAAAGGCAGGAAAGCUGGAGGGCUGCCUUGGGAAGGCUCGUGGCAGGGUGCACCCUUCAGGAGCCUGCUGCAGCUUCAGGAGCAGCCCUCGGUCCCUUUUAGCUUGUGCCAGAGAAAAUAUCACUUCCCUGCUUCUCCCUGGGCCCUGUGUUGCUAAAUCUGGCGCUGCAGCCCCCAGAGGCGCUCGUUUCCCUUUGAUCCCCGUGCUCCCAGCAGGCACAGCUGGGGCAAGAGCCUGAGCCUGGGGCUGGGAAACCUCUGGGAGCUGCACCCGAGCCUGGAGCUGCAGAGGGAGCUGCAGGGACUGGGCAAACUGGGGCAGUGGCUUUCUCCUGGCUGGUCGUGGGUGGUGACUGAGGAAUGGUUUGGGGAGCUUUGGAGAGCACACCUGGGCACAGGAGCUGUGCAGGGAUUGGUGUGAGGGGCAGGAUGGGCCAUGGGGGGGUUGCCCCUGAGGCAGGAAGGGAGUUUGGAUGUGACCUGGAAGCCCUUCUGCAGCUGGGUCUGCUCUGCGGGUGCUGAUUUUGGAGGGCUCUGAGCCAGGGGAGUUUGAAAGCCCAGCCUGGUGAAGGGUCACUUGCAGCUGAGCGGGUCCCUGCUGACUGCAGAGCGGGGAGAAGAGCUUCUCCACUCACACGUUGGCCCAGGACCUGGUGGGUUCCAAGGAAUCCAUUGCAGGGAGUGCUUGUGGCCAGCAGGAAAGCUUUUCUGGGGUCCCUGGCACAUCUGCAGCUUCCUCUGACUGCAGGGUGCACUCAGUGUGGUUUGCAGACCCCUCCCCAGUGCCUCUGCCACUUCCCACUCCUGCAGCCAUGUGGGAGGCUUGGAGCCUCCUCCUGAGCUUGUUCCUGUGUUUCCCCUUUUCCUCAGUCACGUUUAAAUCCUGGUCCCUGUUGUCCCUCUGUCACCCCAUGGUGGCUGUCCCCAUCAGCCUGGAGCUGAAGCAUCUCUCCCUGCAGUCCUUCCUUCCUGCGUGGGCAGCUGGGCCGGGGGCUGGGGCUGCUGGGCCGCCGAAAUCCCCGUCAGAGAGCCUGGAUGAAAGUUCGGAGCCUUCCGGAACGCUUUCCCUGUGCGCUGAGUUCAGGUGAUUCCCGGGGCUGGAUCCACCCUCAGCAAUAACCUCCAGCCCCUCCGUCCUCCCCAGCCGUGUUUUAUCCACGAGCUCUGCGAGAAUUGCCAAAGCUGAGACUUGGGGGUGUCGGGGGGCCCCUGGACUUCCAAAACCCCACUGUGAAAUUCCCUCUCGUUUGCUCCCGAUGCUUUUUACCAGAGCGGAGUUUGCAAUGGCGAGGGCGAGCCCCCAUCCCUCAUCCUUUGUUCCCUUCAUCUCUGCGGGGCGCUGGAUUUCUUUGUAAAUAUUUAAACUCUGCUUCUGUGGUUUCAUAAUCCCGACGGCAGGGAAAUAAACUGAUUUCUGUGGAUAUCUGCAA